UUCUUACAUCAUCAACCAUCAACUUCCAUCAUCUCCCUCAACCACCACCAACAACAUUCUCCAGAUCAUUCUACCAGCCAGUACAGUACAAAGAGGGCAUAUAUCCCAUCUUCAUAUCAGAGCUUAGCUGGCUAGCUCUGUUUUUUUCUUUCCUUCCCGUUCGUGGCGUUUCCGGGUCACGGUUGAGGGUGUAUAUAUUAAUAUCAAACAGUGAUAUUCGAAAUAUCAGCUCCAGCACAUAUACAGGGCUCCGAUUGCUCUUCUUUUUACACGCUCACGGUAAACAAUCGGCGACAGCACGGCUACGCGGAGGAACGGGCAGAAACCAAUAACAGUGGCAUCCGACCCCAUUAAAAGGGCACGGAUAUACGCAUACGUGUAUACUUGUGCAGGCGCCUUUGAGUCGUAUUAUUGCGGGAUGUUUAACUCGAAUAACUCAAUCCAAUUGACAACUAUUACCCGCCGGUCGCUUCGAUAGAGCGGGAGAGCCGAACCAUCUCCUUGCAGCACCCUACAUCCAAAAACCAACCCAAUUCCCGCCUCCAACAAAAUCCUAUAACAAUGCUCCUAAUCGGCCUAACCGGCUCUAUAGCCACUGGCAAGUCGACCGUCUCCUCCCUCCUUUCCUCCCCACCCUACAACCUCCCCAUAAUCGAUGCCGACAUCCUCGCCCGCAAAGUCGUCGAGCCAGGCACCCCAGGCUACUGCGCCAUAGUCGAGUACUUCGGCCCGACAACCCCCGACCUCCUCCUCCCCGACGACCCAGAUGACCCAAACGACAAAAACAAGCCAAAAGCAAAGCACAAGGAGCUUGGCCGCCCCUUGAACCGCCCCGUCCUUGGCCGGCGCGUCUUCGGCGACACAGAGGAACGCAAACGCGACCGCGCCGUGCUAAACCGCAUCGUCCACCCGGCCGUCCGCUGGGAGAUCUACCGCUCGCUGCUCUACUACUACCUCCGCGGCCACUGGGCCGUGGUGCUGGACGUGCCUCUGCUCUUCGAGAGCGGGCUGGACGCGCUAUGCGGGACCGUAAUCAUGGUUGGCGUGUCCGAUGCCGCGGUGCAGAUUGCGCGGCUGCGGGCGCGCGAUGCACAUUUGAGUGCGGAGGAUGCGGAGAAUCGGGUGAAGAGCCAAGGGGAUGUGAAGGGGAAGGCGGCGCGGGCGGAGGCGCGGGGUACGGAGAGUGUGAGGGGGUUGGUUGUGUGGAAUGAUGGGGACAGGGCGGCGUUGGAAAGGGAAGUGAAGAAGGUAAUGGAGCGGGUUGCGGGGGCCAGUCCGCGGUGGUGGGCGUGGGUUUUGUUGCUUGUGCCGCCAUUGGGGGUUACGGUUGCGGCGUGGAAUUUGAUGGUGAAUUAUCGGGGGAAGAGGGGGUGGGAGGCGGAUGACGCGGAAAGGGUGGGAAGGGCGAAGUUGUAACUUUCCCAACCCUCCCCUUUUACUACCUUUUCAAUUGUUGAGAUAAGAGUACUAUUAUACAUAUUGCAUAUUACAUCUCAUUGCUUGUAUAUAUUUUUAGGGGGUUUUAAAGCAACUAUUUUGUUAAUAUUGGAUACAGUCUAAAUUUUGUUAUGCUUCCAUAUAGAUGAUCAUUUCGCAACCUGUGAUAGACAUGGAACGCAAUACAGAUGCCUAGCUAAUAAAAUAAAACUCAUGCCUCCCCAUGCAUAAACCAUACAACGCCAUACCCUAAAUGCCGAG